GGAAGGUUGCUGGAAGGGUUUGGAUGCGACGUCAGGAAGCUGGCUUUUCUGCCAAGGGGUCUAGGCCGCCUGGAUUCCCCGGGGGUCCUGGGUAGGCGUCCUGCCCUACAUGUGGCCACAUUCAUCAGGGGCCAGGCAUUGGGCCAGUGCUUUGAUAGGGAAGGACCCAGGAGUCAUGGCUUGGUGGUGUCUGGAUGGGCUUCCCCAAGGCCUUGGUGAGCCAUGGAGAGAACUCUGGAGAUUGGGCUCACAGCCUCUGUACUGCAUACGUCCUUUCUCACCUCCGUCCGGGGAAGGCAGAGACUGUAGAAACUUAAGGAGGACGGGGAGCAUAGAUGGCUGGACACAGACUCUAGAGACUUCAAAUAAUGUGGAAAUGUUUCGACCUUCAGGUUCCACUGGGCUGAUUCCCCCAUCCCACUUCCAAGUUCGGCCCCUUCCAACUCUGCCAAGAAUGGCUCCCAGGUGGGUCUCAGACAUUCCCCUGGUUCAGCCCCCAGCCCAUCAAGAUGUCUUAGAGAGGCGGCCAGAUAACCAGAGACCUCAAGUGACCAUGUGGGGACAGGAAGUUUCUGGCAAAGGGCAGGAGCCAGGGUGGAGAGGCAGGUCCGUGGAGCUGGCGGGGUCGCAGGCCCUGAGCCAGCAGGCUGAGCUGAUCUCUCGGCAGCUGCGAGAGCUGCGGCGGCUCGAGGAGGAGGUCCGGGUGCUGCGGGAGACCUCGCUGCAGCAGAAGAUGAGGCUGGAGGCCCAGGCCGUGGAGCUGGAGGCACUGGCACGGGCAGAGAAGGCUGGCCGUGCUGAGGCCGAGGGCCUGCGUGCUGCCCUGGCUGGGGCCGAGGUUGUCCGGAAGAACCUGGAAGAAGGGAGCCAGCGGGAGCUGGAGGACGUUCGGAGGCUGCACCAAGAGCAGCUCUCCUCCCUGACACAGGCUCACCGGGAGGCUCUUUCCAGUUUGACUAGCAAAGCUGGGGGCCUGGAGAAGUCUCUGAGUACUCUGGAAACCAGGAGGUCAGGAGAAGCCGAAGAGCUGGCUGCGGCCCAGAGGGAGGCCGAGCUGCUGCGGAAGCAGCUGAGCAAGACCCAAGAGGAUUUGGAGGCUCAGGUGACCUUGGUUGAGAACCUAAGGAGGUACGUGGGGGAGCAGGUCCCUCCCGAGGUCCACAGUCAGAUGUGGGAAUCAGAGCGACAGGAGCUUCUAGAAACCGUGCAGCACCUGCGGGAGGACCGGGCCGGCCUGCACACCACCACGGAGCUGCUGCAGGUGCGCGUGCAGAGCCUCACGCACAUCCUCUGCAUGCAGGAGGAGGAGCUGGCCCGGAGGGUUCAGCCUUCAGACUGCCUGGAGCCCGAGUGCACCAAGAAGCGCCAGUCCCUACUGAAGCGCUGGCGGGAGAAGGUGUUUGCCCUCAUGGUGCAGCUGAAGGCCCAGGAGCUGGAGCACAGAGACCGCGUGGGGCAGCUGAAGGGACAGGUGGCCGAGCUCCAGGAAGGAGUCAAAACCCAGUGCCAGGAGCAGGCCAUCCUGCAGCGCUCCCUGCAGGACAAAGCUGCAGAGGUGGAGGUAGAGCGGAUGGGUGCCAAGGCCCUGCAGACAGAGCUGAGCCGCACUCAGGAGGCCCGGCGCCGGGAGCAGCAGCAGACAGCCACAGCAGAAGAGCAGCUGAAGCUUGUGGCGAACGCUGUCAGCAGCUUUGAGACCUGGCUCCAGGGCGCUGUGGCGGAGGUGACGCGGGCCGCAGCCCGGCUGCCCGGCCUCAGCAGCCGAGUCAGCUAUGCCGUCCGCAAGGUCCACACCAUUCGGGGCCUGAUGGCUCGAAAACUGGCCCUUGCUCAGCUGCGCCAGGAGAGCUGCCCCCGACCCCCACCGGCCACGGAUAUGAGCCUGGAGUUGGAGCAGCUGCGGGAGGAACGGAACCGUCUGGACACGGAACUGCAGCUGAGCGCCCACAUCAUCCAGCAGGAGGUGGGCCGGGCCCGGGAGCAAGGGGAGGCGGAGCGGCAGAAGCUGAGCGAAGUGGCCCAGCAGCUGGAACAGGAGCUGCAGCGCACCCAGGAGUCCCUGGCCAGUUUGGGGCUGCAGCUGGAGGCGGCUCGCCAGGGCCAGCAGGAGAGCACGGCGGAGGCUGCCAGUCUCCGGCAGGAGCUGACCCAGCAGCAGGAGGUCUACGGGCAAGCGCUGCAGGAGAAGGUGGCCGAAGUGGAGACUCGACUGCGGGAACAGCUCUCAGAAUCAGAAAGGAGACUGAACGAGGCUCGCAGGGAACACACCAAGGCCGUGGUCUCCCUGCGCCAGAUCCAGCGCAAAGCCACCCGGGAAAAGGAGCGGAACCAGGAGCUGCGGCGCCUGCAGGAUGAGGCCCGAAAGGAGGAGGGACAGCGGCUGACCCAGCGCCUGAAGGAGCUGGAGAGAGACAAGAACCUCAUGCUGGCCACCUUGCAGCAAGAGGGUCUCCUCUCCCGUUACAAGCAGCAGCGACUGUUGGCAGUUCUUCCUUCCCUGUCGGAUAAGGGGUUACCUGUGGAGUCCAGCCUCAGGCCCUCAGAGUCUUCAGCGCCUGCACCUCCAGCGGCGGCCCUAUGCACCAAGGAGUCCAUCAAAGGAUCCCUUUCUGUCCUGCUCGAUGACUUGCAGGGCCUGAGUGAGGCCAUUUCCAAAGAGGAAGCUAUUUGUGAAGGAGACAUCCAGACCUCUUCUUCUGUCUGCCUCUGAGCAGCUGCGAGGACCGAAGGGAUGAGGAUGGAGGAGGAGUGGGUUGGGGAGGGCGUCCAGCCCAGCUCCCUUCCCAUCCAGCUGCCCUCGGGGACAGCCGCCAAGAUGUUGUGAAUUCUCCCGUGGCUCAAUAAAGAUGACUGCAGUAGGA